AUGGAAGAAGGAAAAUUUAAAGACAUAAUUGACACUAAACUGAAGAUAGUCGAAGAGGAUGCAAGGUUUGCCACAGUAAUCAAAGUUGCUUUAUGGUGUAUACAGGAUGAUAUGUACCUCAGGCCACCAAUGACGAAAGUAGUGCAAAUGCUCGAGGGGGUCUAUCCUGUCCUCCCAUCACCAACUGCUUCACAACUUGGUUCUUGGCUUUACUCAAAUUUCUUCAAAUCAAUUAGUGAGGGGGGCACUUCAUCAGGGCCGUCAGACUGUAAUAAUGAUGCUCAUCUUUCUGCAGUUCGCCUUUCUGGUCCAAGAUAG